AUUAUAAUGUGAAAUUCAAUUUGUUUAUAAGUGUUUGGAAAGUUUACAGGUUUGCAACUUAGCCAAAGGCUGCAACAUUUACUGUUUUAAAAUUUUAUAGUGUUUUAUUAUCUGCAUUCAAUGUUCUGAAUGUAAAAUUGUCACUUUUGUAACCUGAUUUUCGUUUAAGAGACUAUAAUUAACAACAGUCCCAAAGAAAAUGAAUCCCCAACAGGACUCUGGCGAACCUCCAUUAAAGAAACAAAAGUCAGACAGUGCAGAUGAUCCACUGAUAAAAUAUGACCCGGUUGCCAUAGCAACAGCUUCUUUAACUUUACCAACUGUUGUCAGUGCUGUACCAACAACGGACAUAAAUGAUCCCACAGGGAAAGGAAAAGGGUUGCCAAGGGCGACAGUUGCUGUCACAACAGGAAAUGUUAGACCCAGUCUUCAGCCACAUUCGAUACCAAGUGAACAAGUUAUCAAGACACAACCAGGUCAAAGCGCGAGAGUCACAGUAACCAGUCCACAGUAUAUAUCGGGUCCACAAUAUAUUCCAAUACAACAGAGUUGGACAUCAGAUGGAAAAGUUACCCUUCAGUUUGCAUCAGGAACCUAUGGUGCCCAGCCAAAGUCUCCAGUGACCCCUCCAUCUACUGUGACUUUGACCUCGACUGGAGCUCCACGGUAUCCUUCUCCUCAGAUCAUCACACUACCAAACAGAACUACUGUUGCAAGUACUACCAGCACAAAACCAGUCAAACCCACUUUGACUGUUGUUGAUGCUAGGAACCAGCAACCAGUCCAGAGAGUAAUUCAGUCUGAUGGUGGAAAACCAGCUGAACCAGUCAAAUUAGGUCCUGGACAAACUCAAAUAAGUUUUCAGGUGCCACUUAACUGGAAUUCACAAGGAUCUAAAUCUUUGCUAGACAGUUCAAAAACUGUAUCUUUAGUCUCCUUGAACCCUUCAGAUACAAAUUCAAGGUCAUUGCUACAAGGAAAUGAGACACUGACCUCACAGAGUGGUGUUGCAAAUAUUGCUGUUCCAAAAGUAACAUUAUCAGGGACAUCUGCCUCAGCACCAAAAACAUACAUCACUGGAAAUAAAGUGUUUGGAAAUCUGGGGGCAGGUCAGGUUAUUGCACAAACAACAACUGGAUUAAUAGCUGUUACCAAACCAGGACAGACCGCAUCAAUUGCUAGAAUUACUAAGGGAAGUUCUUUUAUGAUUAGUAACAAACAGUAUACAAUAGUUCCUUCAAGUUCAGCACCUGUGGUAACACAGCUUGUAAAAACUGAGAAGUUAAAUAAAGGUAAAGUUACCAUGGCAGAAGCGCAGAUCAUGUUACCAACAGGACCAGCAAAAAUCUCGUGGCCAAUUCAGUCACAGACCACUACUUCUGACAGUAAGCACAUUUUGAUUACCACCCCUGUUAGUAAAACUGGUCAGCAAGUUUCUGGAAAAAUGACAAAUGCCAAAGCACAGUUGCUUGUCACAACAAGUGAUUCUAAUGGUAAAUCAUCCAAUAAUUCAUCAACAAUUCCCACAGCAAAAGUGGUAGAAGUUGGAUCAACUAAUAAAGUUAACAUGACAGCAGGGAACCAGACUGUUGGACAGAAAAUUAGUGUUCCAGUCAAAACUAAUGUAAUUCCAGCCCAGAAAAACUGGGAGUUAGUGAAACAAAGUUCUCAGCUGAUGCCACACAGGCCAGUUAAAUCUCCAAAUAAUGGUUCAACAAGUACAUCUGGUGACACUAAUGGAAGUAAACAUGUAGGAAAAGAUGAAAAAGAGAAUGUUUCUAAAUCAGUCACAGAUGACAAGUCAUUACAGUCAAAUAUUACAAAUGAACCAGUUGUUAAGUCAUCAGAACUAAGUGAUAAAAUUGUAAGCAAAAUAAAAAAUGAGAUGGACAACAAUGGAAAUGCCAAGAAACAAAUGACAAAAAGUGAAUCAAACACGGGAAUUGAAGCAGCUAAGGCUUCUAAAGAAGUAAGUGAAUCUGCUCAAAGUGAUAACAGUAAUGAUAGUGUUGAAAUUAAAGUAGAGAAUAUUAAGGAUUCUAGUGAAAACAUGGAAGUUGAUAAUGUCAAUGUAGAAACAGUAAAGGAUGAAAGAGGUAAAGAAGAUGGUAUGGACAAAAGAGAAGACUUUAAUCCAGUAGAUGCCAUGACCUGGAAAAAUGGUGUUGGUGAACUACCAGGCAGUAAUUUGAAGUUUCAUAUGAAUGACCUUGGUAUGCUGGAAGUGAUCAAUGAUGACCUUGAAUGUAAUGAGACUCUCAAUACAAGUGAUGAGUUAGAUCGUAUGGAAUCUGCAAAUGAUAACAAUAAUAAAGAACCCAAAAAGGAAAAACCAACUGAAAAGCUUGACACAGGAAAUAAGCAAGAACCUUCUAAUAAAGAAGUUAGCAACAAGGAUGAGAUCAGUCAGUGUGCGAACUGUGCUGAGUAUGGUUUUACUACAGACUUCUAUAAAGAUGGUCGCUUCUGUAGUCAGACAUGUAUCAGAGCAUUUGAAAGCAAACACAUGAGAGAAGUAAAGAAGCAGGGAACCAUGUCAAAGAUGAUACUGAAUAUGAAAAAAGGGAAAAAGAAGUUACUGCUGAAAGAUGGGGUACCAAAAGACAGGGACGUUAAGGCAGAUCCACUAACACCAGGAAAGAAAUCAAAAGCAUUUGUUUGGACAAGAUAUCUGGAGCAAGAAAAAGCUGUGGAGGCCCCUGCUAGACUCUUUAAAAAUCCAUUUCCCUCGGUGAAGAACAAUUUCCGAGUUGGAAUGAAACUGGAAGGUGUUGACCCAAUGCAUCAAUCAAAGUUCUGUGUUCUCAGUGUAGCAGAGGUCAGCGGGUACAGAGUAAGGUUACAUUUUGACGGAUACUCUGAGUGCUUUGAUUUCUGGGUAGACAUUGACUCACCAUUCAUAUUUCCUGUCGGAUUUUGUGAAAAACUUGGAAAAACACUCCAACCACCUAAAGGGUUCAGUGUGGAUGAAUUCUUGUGGACGUCUUACCUGAAAUUAACCAAAGGUGUUCCAGCUCCUAAAUCUCUCUUCUCUAACCAGCCAGUCCAGUCUGUGACACCAAAUCUGUUCCGCGUUGGGAGUAAACUUGAGGCUGUGGACAAGAAGAAUUCAUCAUUGAUCUGUGUAGCGAGUGUGGCAGAUACCCUUGGCGACAAAGUCCUCAUACAUUUUGACAGCUGGGAAGAUAACUAUGACUACUGGUGUGACAUGACGUCACCGUUCAUUCAUCCAAUUGGAUACUGUGAGGAAAAUGAACUUGUUCUUUCUCCGCCAUUAGACUGGAAAGAUGUCAAUGCAUUUACUUGGGAGAAGUUCCUGAAUAAAUCAAAAUCUCAACAGGUGCCUGCUAGAGCUUUCAAACCAAGACAGCCUAUUUCAUUUGAACCCGGUAUGAAAGUUGAAGUAGUUGAUAAACGUAACCCUCUGCUGGUCAGAGUGGCCACGAUUGAGGAGGUAGAGAACUAUAUGGUGAAAAUCCACUUUGACGGCUGGUCCGACAUCUAUGAUUACUGGCUAGAGGACGAUUCCCCAGACCUACAUCCACCUGGUUGGUGUGCCAAAACUGGGCACCCUCUUGUUCCACCCAUCACUCCUCAAGAUUUAGUGGUAACAACGGGACCUGGUGUAUGUCCUACUCCAGGCUGUAAAGGGAUUGGACACAUUAAAGGACCUAAAUACUCUGGACAUCACAGUACAUUUGGAUGUCCGUAUUCCGAUAUCAACAUGAACAAGGAGUCUGUACUGGGUGAUAGAUUAAGCUCUGUGACAAUCAGACCGGAAGACACCGGAUCCAGAUACUAUGAUGAUCAAAGAACUUCGCCAGACUCUAAGAAACAUGCUGAUGCCUCACAACAUGGUGACAUACCUAAAAAACUUGGCAGAGGACGAAAACCCAAGAGUUACUAUGUAGCCUUAGAAGAACAGAAAGCAGCAAGGGAGAAAGAACGCUUAGAAAAAGAAGAAACCCUGAGACAGGGAAUCCAUAAUUCUGUGUUCUCAUCAUCUAUGAUCUCAGCUCCUAAACCUGAUGUACCAUUAUGUUGGGAACAACACUGCAAGCUGUUGCCAGGGGUUACCAGUAUACGUGGUAACGAUGUCAACAAAUGGACCAUAGAUCAGGUGGCAGCCUUUAUUAACACGCUCCCAGGAUGUGAAGAGCAGGCAAAGCUCUUCAAGGAGGAGCAAAUAGAUGGUGAAGCUUUUCUCUUAUUAACCCAGUCAGAUAUUGUGAAGAUUAUGAACAUUAAACUUGGUCCCGCACUAAAAAUAUUUAAUAGCAUUGUCAUGUUUAAAAAUUCAAUAGAAGUAUAGUGGAAGAAUGAAUAUCAAAUAUUAACACAACAUGUACACAUUAUAUGAUGGAGGAGAGUUGUAGGCAGUGUAUGCUGAAAAUUGUCCAUUGAUAAAGGAAUUCUUGCAUAAUACGCAUCUAGAAAACUGUUGAAUAGCGCAACAAAGAUAGAUGCAUUUGAUAUUUUUGAAAUUCUGAUUUAUAGGGUUGUUUUGCAAGUUUUUUGGAAGACAGAUUUCGUGAAAUUUGUAUAGCUUAUUGUAAUUGUAUUUAGUUGUUAAGACUGCUUAACUUUGAAUUAAAUGAAAGAUAUGCCAAGCAGGCAACAUUGUCACAUAGAUUGUUUAUACUUUGUUAUUGUUUUACAUAUACUGUUUAUGAUACCCCUACUGGCCUAUAAACAUUAUUCUAAUCAAUGAACUGCUGUUUACUUAUUGCAUGUGUCUAAGGAUAAGCAUACCCCGUGUAUCAGCAUCAUGUUUUAUUUAGUUAUUACUCUACCAAGUUUUUCAGUGCCCCCCCGUGAACCAAAUGCUGAGCUAUUGUGGCUGGCAAAGGUCUGACAUCCGUCAUCCAAAGUUUAACACUAGAGGUUGAAUUUUUUAUCCCAGUCUUUAACAGUUAAAACCCUGUCCUACCAAAUCUCGAUAAGAAAAUUAGGAUCUAUGAAAUCACGACCUCGAUACUAUUCUCUGGAAAGUAAAAACUAGUAUGUCAAGCCAUAGCAAACCACUGACCACAUUUUCAACCUUGUCUUCCAUGAAUUGGUUAAAGGGCAAGGAAAGCCUGACAGUAAGUUAAUUUUUUAUGAAAGCCAUCCUCAAGAAGUCAUGAAGUGAAAUUAUAGAAAAACUCAGCAACAUGCAAUUUAUUCUCAGUGUACAUUCUGUGAUAUAUAUGAGCUUUCUGUGUCCAUUCCCCGUGAAAUCCAAAUCACUCCUUCACUUAAUCUACAUGAAACCUUUUGACAAUGUUUGUUUAAAAAGAUGUAGGUCAAGUUCUAAAGUUGGUGAUGUAGUGCAUUUUAGAGAAAUAGAGGCUACAUUGCCUUUCAGCUCUACCUGAAACCUAGCCAGAAAAUUUGUUUUUUAUGGAAUCGAGACCAAUAAGAGAUAUUCCAUAUUAAAACUAGAGGUGGAUGUUAUUCUUUAAAAUUGUCAUGAAAUCUAUAGGAAUUUCGGAACUUGUUUUUUUUAUGUUUUAAGUUUGAUGGCAAGGUCAAAUAAUAGAAAUACAUUAUAAACACCCUAAAUCACAUUUUAUAAUAUCUGGAUCUUCGUGAAAUCCAUUUAAAACUUUUUAUGUGUAGCUGUAUAUUGAAUUAACGUGAAACAAACAUUCACCAUACAAAAAUCAUAAGGAGCAAUGGUACAAAUGAGUGAAUUAGAGCCAUUUUGGCCCGCUUGCUUGUUCUCUUGCUUAUGAAUUUAAAGGACCAUGCUAAAAUGCAUUAAUGUUACCAAUCAAAUGGAAGUGCAGUUCUGUGUAGUCAUUGGACAAAAAGAAGUGUAUCUUCUGUCAUCAUUACUGGUCACAUUCAACUAACUGAAUAUACUGCCAGGGGGUUGCACAGAAUGGGGAAGAAAAAAGUUAAAGUGAGAAUAUGUACAGUUAAAAACAGAUCAGAAGUUAGAAAAAUAGUGUGGCUAGUCUGGUCUUAAAGGCCUCGGCUGACUGGAUGUCCGGUGGUAGCUGGUUCCAUUCCCGGAUGGUUCUGGGUAAGGACUUUUGUAUGGUGGUGGAGCUAGCAAAAUGCUGCUGCUUAUAAAUUUUGUAAGACAUAUGAGUGUAAUGUUUUGUAUUCCAUAGUGCCAUGUAAUAACCUUUGUUAUCAUGUUAUAAUAGUAAUUAUUGUACAGGGCAACAUCUUGUUUUCUUAUGUAAUAAUCUUGUUAAUCUAGUUUGAAAGUAAUACAUUUUUGUGUACGUCUGUUUAUUAAAAUGAGGUUCUUCUUUUCAUUGUAACAUAUACAAAGCUACAUGUUUUAAAUGUCAUAUUUAGAAUAUAUCUUUUAAGAGAUCGAUCAGAACAGCAUGGAAUAUAUUUAAUAUAUUAUAUUUAAAGGGAAUGGCAUCCAUAUCUUUUGGCAACAAGUAAAAAAGAUCUUAAGACAUUAGGAAUUAUUGGCACAUUUCAUAAGAAAGCUUUGUAACUUAGUUACUGACAGAUUAUAUGUUACGGAAACACAUGUUAAUUAGUUGCUUUUAUUGCUUUUUCCAUUCAAAAUUGAAAGCAUUAGUCCCAGGGUACUGAAGGUAAAUUGGUUUAGUUAUAAAGCUUUAUAUAAAUGGUUAAAUACGAAUUCCCUCAUGGUGUAGUAAUGAUGAUAGGAUGGUGUACAUGCCUAAGCAACCGAGGUUCAGUUCCUGAGUAAUACAUAGUUUUAUUAUUUAAGGACAAAAUCUCAUAAUGUUCAUAUGACCAAACUUUAGUUUAAAAGAAAGGUCAUUUUAAGCAAAAUCUGAUGUCCAGUCCCUUAAAUAUUUUAGAUGGCAUGUUGAACAAUGGGUAUCAUUUCAACAUAAAUUACUUGUCAUGUACCAAAUCAUGUUAGCAGUUGAAUAGCUAAAUUACAGUAUAGACUACAGCAGAAACAACUAUGUUAUUACAUGUACAUUUAUUUGAGCUGUAAAUGU